GCACUUCUGUAAAACCAAUAAUAAAGAAUGGGCUUUUUGGAAAAGGCAGAAACGAAAGAAAUAAAAGAAGAGAAGCACAUAGGCUUAUGGGAGUGGAGGAUCGUGCGACGCGCACCGAGAGAGAGGAGAACCAACUGCGACGGUGGGUCUGGGUGGCUGGCUGGGAGUCACGGCGGCGAAAAUGGAGGCUCCCUCUGAACAUGGUGAUGCGAUAUAGGGAGAGAAGAGAAAUUAGUUUGGUGCUUCACACUGAGAAUCGGCAAGGCAGAGAGAGCGAGUGGUCGACGUGGCUUACCGAGGGGGAGGGACGUGCGUCUGAGUUCAGGAGGUUGGGUCGGCAGAUUCCGUGGUGUUUUCCGGCGAGGUGGCUGCCUGGGUUGGAAAUUAUCAACGAUGGACCUUGAAGGGAAGCUUGAAGGUGACAUUGGGGAACUCACUGAAUUGACAUCAUUGGACCUAUCAUUUAACCGCAGGCUCACAGGUUCCCUCUCUCCACGGCUAGGGGAUUUGAAAAAGCUAACUAUCCUACUCCUAGCUGGUUGCAGCUUCAGUGGUGACAUUCCAGAUGAAUUGGGAAAUCUUUCAGAACUCUACUUCUUGGCUCUCAAUUCAAACAACUUAACUGGAAAGAUACCUCCAUCUUUGGGUAAACUCUCCAAACUCUACUGGCUAGACAUCGCGGAUAAUAUGUUGACAGGACCUCUCCCGAUAUCAACCUCCAUGGCCCCAGGCUUGGACCUUCUUUUAAAGGCUAAACACUUCCACUUCAAUAAGAACAAGCUUUCAGGUCCCAUUCCAGGCAAACUAUUCAGCUCUAAUAUGAAAUUGAUACACAUAUUAUUUAAUGGAAAUCAACUUUCUGGAAGUAUCCCGCCAACAUUAGGACUUGUACAAAGUCUUGAAGUUCUUCGGCUUGACAGAAAUGCUCUGACAGGAAGUGUCCCAAAUCUCAGCAACCUAACAAAUAUCGUUGAAUUGAAUUUAGCGAAAAAUAAUCUGACUGGCGCUUUGCCGGACUUAACUCAAAUGAAGAAUCUCAAUUACUUGGACCUUAGUAAUAACUCAUUUGAGCCAUCAGAAGCUCCAACGUGGUUCUCAGCCUUAUCAUCAGUCACCACACUGAUUAUGGAAUAUGGAUCACUUCAAGGGUCUGUACCACAAGAUCUGUUUAGCUUUCCACAAAUACAGCAAGUGAAAUUGAGAAACAACAAAUUUAACGACACAUUGGACAUGGGUGAAAACAUCAGCCCACAACUAAAGCUUGUUGAUUUACAAAACAACCACAUUUCUUCUGUAACUUUGAGCAAUAAUUACCGUAAUACCUUAAUACUAGUAGGAAACCCAGUGUGUCCCUCUACUAUCUUGGAGGAUUCUUAUUGCCAGCAAAAUCAAAAACCAACAAACUAUUCUACUAGCCUGGCUAGAUGUGCAAGUACAUUAUGUCCUCUUAAUCAAAAGUGCAACCCUCAAAGUUGUGAAUGUGCCUAUCCAUAUAAAGGGACAUUAUAUUUUAGAGGACCCCUUUUCAGGGAAUUGUCCAAUGUAACUGUAUUUCGUUUACUGGAAAUUAGCUUGUGGGUGAACCUGAGUCUCCUUCCGGGUUCAGUUUAUAUUCAAGAUGCCAGAUUCAAUUCUGAUGACUAUCUUCAAAUGCAAUUGGCACUCUUUCCAUCAAUCGGAAAAUACUUUAAUCGAUCAGAGAUUCAGAGAAUUGGGUUCUCCUUGACUUAUCAAGCACAUAAGCUACCUCAUAUGUUUGGACCCUAUUAUUUCGUGGCAUAUCCUUAUGCUUUCCCAGCCAAACGUGGAAAAACUUAUAUUAGCACUGGUGUAAUAGUUGGGAUAGGAAUUUGUUGUGCCAUUUUGGUAUUGGGGCUCCUGGGAGUAGGGAUAUAUGCCAUUCGACAAAAGAAACGUGCAGAAGAAGCCAUUGGAUCAAGUGAACCGUUUGCUACUUGGGCAUCAAGUGGCAAUGAUAGCAUUGGUGCACCACAGUUAAAAGGUGCAAGAUUGUUCUCUUAUGAUGAACUCCAAACGUGCACCAAUAAUUUUGCUGAGAGAAAUGUGAUAGGUUCUGGAGGGUAUGGCCAGGUUUAUAGAGGGAUGCUUUCUGAUGGACAAGUUGUUGCUAUCAAAAGAGCUCCACAAGGAUCAAUGCAGGGUGCACUUGAGUUCAAGACUGAAAUUGAAUUACUUUCCCGAGUUCAUCACAAGAAUCUUGUUGGUCUUGUCGGUUUUUGUUUCGAACAAGGAGAGCAGAUGCUGGUCUACGAAUUUAUGCCUAAUGGAACAAUUAGAGAUAGCUUGUCAGGAAAAUCUGGCAUUUAUCUUGAUUGGAAGAGAAGACUCCACGUUGCUCUUGGUUCAGCCAGAGGAUUAGCUUACCUACAUGAGCUUGCUAAUCCUCCUAUCAUCCAUAGAGAUGUUAAGUCCACAAAUAUUCUGUUGGAUGAAAAUUUGACCGCAAAGGUUGGAGAUUUUGGCUUGUCUAAGCUAGUAUCAGAUGCUUUGACGUGCCAUGUUUCAACUCAAGUCAAAGGCACGAUGGGUUAUCUCGAUCCUGAAUAUUACCAGACUCAACAGUUAACUGUGAAGAGUGAUGUUUACAGCUUUGGAGUAUUUAUGCUUGAAUUGCUAACAGCCAAGCGACCGAUUGAGAAAAGAAAGUUCAUUGUCCGUCAAGUAAGAACAAUGAUGAACAAGGACGAUGAAGAGCACUAUGGCUUGUGGGAUAUGAUUGAUUCAUCCAUUAGAGACACAACAAAUCUUAUAGGGCUUGGGCAAUUCUUGGAAAUUAGUAUGCAAAGCGUUGAAGAUUUACCUGAAGACCGUCCAACAAUGAGUGAAGUAGUAAAGGCACUGGAAACUAUAUUACAGAACGAUGGGGUGGCUACAAACACAUCUACAACUGACUUUGGAGCUUCAACGCAUGCUUCUAAGCAUCCUUACAAUAAUCCUUGGCCCGAAAAGGAUGCUAGCAGCAUUCAUGCUUUUGAUUAUAGUGGUGCAUACAGUGUCUCAACAAGAGUACUUGAACCCAAGUAGCCAGGCUUAUGACUAGCAGCUUGUAUGUCCCUUGAAUUUAGGGAAAAGUGAAUUUUGUACCCUAAAACUGCUAGGAGCGAGCUUCAUAUUUUGCACUCUAAACUAUCAUAUGGGACACAUUACAGUUUACAC